GAGUUCGAGAGCCUCGGACCGAGACGGAGAAACAGACGUGCGAGCGAGAGGCAUCAUUGACGCGCCUUCUCGCGGCUUCCAUUUCGCCGUCACCCAACUGACUCCUCUCAAUCUGGAUUCGUUGUUGCAGUUUUUCGUUUUGUCUUUCUAUUUGCCUUUUUUUGGCCUCAAAAGUCCGUUGACGUGACGUGGACAAAAGUAUUGAGACAGCUGUAGAGAAAGGGGAAAGGACGCAGGCCCACCUGAAGUCCAGGACAACAAGAGCAUGCCUCAGACACCGCACAGCGCCGGAGGCUACAAAAAAAACUUUUACCAGGCCCAGGAGGAGGCCUAUUCUGGACUCUCCGACCAUGACAACAACCUGGAGUCCGGAUCCUUGGACGCCCUCAUACGGCAUCUGCUCCCCACUGUUGACUAUUAUCCGGAUAGGACGUACAUCUUCACAUUCCUGCUGAGCUUUCGCCUCUUCAUCCACCCGUAUGAGCUCAUGUCCAAAGUGUGCCACCUGUGCGUGGAACAGCAACGACUCGGCGACCCCCAAGCCGAUAAGAUACGACUCCGAAAGAUCGCUCCAAAGAUCCUGCAGCUGUUAACGGAGUGGACGGAAACUUUCCCUUACGACUUCCGGGAUGAGCGGACAAUGCGUGGCUUGAAGGAGCUGACGCAUCGGCUCUCCACUGGAGAUGAGAUUUACAGGAAGGCGACAAGUCAGCUGAGCCAAGGCUUGAUCCGGAGGCUGGCGGUUCUCAGCCAAUACGAGGAAGCGCUGGUCAAGAUCAACGCGGCGGCGGCCGAGCGUCUCGGCAUCCUCAAGGCUAAACCCCAGGCCGCCAUUCACAGGGACAUCAUGUCCAUCUGCAACGACCCCUUCACCCUGGCCCAGCAGCUGACCCACAUAGAACUGGAGAGACUCAGCUACAUUGGCCCCGAGGAGUUUGUCCAGGCAUUCGUCCAGAAAGCUCCGGUGGACAACGGCAAGAGCCUCUUUAGCGAGCACAAAGCGGCGGCCAACCUGGAGGCCUAUGUGGACUGGUUCAACAGGCUCAGCUACCUGGUGGCCACCGAGAUCUGCAGGCCCAUAAAGAAGAAACAGCGAGCGCAGGUGGUGGAAUUCUUCAUCGAUGUCGCACGCGAAUGCUUCAACAUUGGCAACUUCAACUCCCUCAUGGCCAUCAUUUCCGGGAUGAAUAUGAGUCCCGUGUCCCGCCUGAAGAAGACGUGGAGCAAAGUGAAGACAGCCAAGUUUGACAUCCUGGAGCGCCAGAUGGAUCCUUCCGGCAACUUCUACAACUACAGGACGGCGCUGCGCGGCGCCACCCAGAGGUCCAUCACGGCCAACAGCAGCAGGGAGAAGAUUGUCAUCCCGUUCUUCAGCCUGCUCAUCAAGGACAUCUACUUCCUCAACGAAAGCUGCGCCAACCGGCUGCACAACGGACAUAUCAACUUCCAGAAAUGGUGGGAGCUGGCCAAGCAGGUGAGCGAGUUCAUGAGCUGGAAAGCUGUGCAGUGUCCCUUUGACAAGGAGCGCAAGGUUCUGCACUAUCUGCUCACCGCGCCCGUCUACACCGAAGACGCGUUGUGUCUGGCAUCGUACGAGAGCGAAGGUCCCGACAACAACAUGGACAAAGACAGAUGGAAGUCGCUCAGAUCCACGCUGCUAAAUCGAGCAUAACCAAAAAGAUCCAAGAUGGCGUCUGGAAAUGAAAAAAA